AUGCAGAUUACGGAGGGCGGGGGUCCGACGGGGCGGUUUUUUGUGUACCAUGGUAAUCCACACUUUCCGUUCCCUGGGGAAGGCACUUCGGAUACCCUCAUUCCUAAACUGGGGGCUACCGAUGAGGCUAAGGUGGUUUGAUGUACUACUAUACAACCUAUCGAUUUACGCCCACAAAUCACCAGGUUAUUCAUAGCACCAAUUGAAAUUCAAUCAACAUUCCAGCCACCCCCGGUCGGCAUGGUUCAAUUUUCCCCCUGAGUUGUACAAUAUAGGGAUGUGAGGAGGGAUUUUCUUUUCCCCCAGCAGCAGAUGGGAGUCAAGCUUUGUUCUUACUGUCUGGUCCUGUGGAGAUCAUCGAUGCCUCUCACUGUCCCUCCAGCCCCUAGCUCCACAACUCUCCAGACUUGUGAUUUCGAGGGCUCUCCGAGGUUUGAUCAAUGGAUCGAGAAACUUGAAAUCUUGGUAACCAUGAAUACUAACCCCAUGCGGAGAAGAAUUCAACUAUAUUUUCGAUCCGAGACCUUUUGCUCGACUCCACAUUCACUGAUCCAUACGUUGAUUUUCUGAUGGAUGGGCUCUCUCGAGUUAAUUCAGUUCGGCGCCACGCACCUAUACUCAGGAUAUCAUUCGACAAAGAAAUAAGCACAUCCUGGCCUUGGUUUCUCCAUUGGUCGUCAAUCUCCACCAAUCUUCUUAUCGGCGAAUGUGCACCUGCACCUGGCCUAAAUAGUGAAGAGUUUCAAAUAAUAUUUGUGCAGUGAGGGUCAUAAGUAACAUCCCAAAUCCUUACUCAUUAUGCUUUCAGAUAUGGGGGCUUAUAUUUAUGAUAGUUCCAUCUUUCCAUAACAAGCCAAUUUAUACUGUGAGAAAGAAAUCAAAAAUAUUUAUCACAGGCACCUGAUAGGCAUGGCACGGCGAAACAUUAAAGUACAAUCAUAAAGGCAAUAGUAUAAACUAGGUUGCCUCAUCAGCC